AUGCUUAAAGAAGCUGUUCUUUCAGAUGCCCCAGACAUCCCACCGGAAAACCUAACAGGGUACAACAUAAGCUCUACAUCAAUUGCGGUCGAGUUCAAUGUCUACUCUACUGAGAAACUCAACGGAAUCAUUCGCCAAUAUGUCUUCAAGAUUUUUAAAGCCAACGUAGCGAAUUCUACUGUGCGAACAGAGUUCUUUCCCACUCAGAAAAAGAGAAAACGAAGAGAACUCUCCAACACCAUUGGCAUUGUCAAGGCAAUGCUGGAGGAUUUGGAGGAAUACACCAUGUAUUCUUUGCAAGCAGCCUUUUUUACUAUAAAAGAAGGACCUUACAGUGCUGUUUUAAAUGUGUCUACCGACGAAGGAGUUCUCAGAGUUCCUCCUCAUCGAGUAACGGCAUUCAAUAGCAGCUCGUCGAGUAUCAUGGUUAAAUGGGAACCCCUAACGCCAGCAAAUGUUCCUGGGAUUUUACUGGGCUAUGUACUGCGGAUAGAAAAAGCUGACGAUCCAAGUGCAUCAAACUUCACUUUAUUUGAAAUCGACCCCUCAAUCACCCAAAAGAACGUGACAGAUCUUGAAGUGUAUACAUUGUACAGCAUAUAUGUAGCGGGAUACACGCGGAAAGGAAAAGGAUCCUUUCGUGCGGCACAGAGCUGGACAGACGAAGGAAUUCCCCAAGGCCCUCCAAACAACGUGACUGGACGUCCGACUAGCACCAACAGUAUCGGACUUUCUUGGCUGCCAGUGACGAAAGAACUUCAGAAGGGCAAAAUCCGAGGUUACCAGGUGAAGAUUUACGGUGAUGAGGGAGCAUAUGUUCAUAAUUCUACAAUACUCAUCCCUAAACUCUAUGCAUCUUUCAUGGGACUUAAACAAUAUUCCAACUAUAGCCUGAAGGUUCGGGCUUUUACCAGCAAAGGAUUUGGUGCUUGGAGUUCAAUGAUUUGUGUUUCCACCAGCAACCCAGCUCCCACAAAGAUUCCCACGAACGUUAAAGCUGUGGGUACAAGCGCCUCCACAAUUCGCGUAACCUGGGGUCCGAUCUCUGGGUUAGAUGCGCAAUCUGUUCAAGGUUAUCGAGUCCUGCACUUCACCAGAGCUAAUCCGAGUCAAAGUAAGGUCACUGUAGUGGGUAGGAGCGACAUCCAUGUCACUAUAACUGGCCUAAGACCCUUUACUGCGUACGGGGUACAAAUCGCAGCAUUCAUCACAACAGACGGUAAUUACACACUGCCAGUUUACGCCCAAACGCGGGAAGCCGCCCCCUCAGCACCUCCCUCCAACAUCCGCGUAACUGCGUUCGAUUCCCAUAGUCUCCUGAUUUCAUGGCUUGACGUCCCCUCGGAACACCGUAAUGGCAUAAUCAGUGGAUACCGCCUGACAUACACGAACGCCAGUAACACAAAUGGCCCAGUGAUAACAGAAAGAGCCUACUCAGUGGUUUUGACUCAGCUGAGAAAAGCAACGGAGUACAGAGUUAUAUUAAGGGCGUUUAACAAUGCUGGAGACGGUGUGUCGGCCGAAGCCGUUGCCAAGACAGGAGAAGAUGUGCCAAGUCGAUCGCCGUCAAAAAUAACAGCACAAAAUCACACGAGUCUCACAGAAAUUCCCGUUUCCUGGGAACCAGUCCCUCAAGAAUUUAUACACGGUCGUCAUGUCGGCUACCGAGUGACUUAUCAAGCUGUUUCUAUUGGAGACCUUCCCGCGUAUUUUGAGCCGGUGAUGAGCCUAGACGUUGGGACUGGGAACAGUUCAAUAUUACUGCAAAAUCUAGAGCCACUCGUGGUGUAUAAGAUAACCGUGGCAGCCAUAUCAAACAAGGGACCUGGACCCGAAGGUGUCACGUAUGGAGAAACUUGCCGUUGCCAUAAGCAUCUAACGACAAACUGGAGAAAUUACCCUCCCUAUGUAAAUAUGACCUCCUUCACCAAUUCCGGUAUUAUCAUACCUCGUCUUUUGGAAGAAGUAAUCAAUGAAUGUUGUGGGGAGUGCCUUGAACAUGGAAAGUCAGAACUGGACUUCCAACACAACGGAAAUAAUGAGACUGCGCAGCAAAACAGGUCGGAAUAUCUUUUACAAAACAUUGAUACCAAGACGGAUUUUUCCUUUCCGGUUAACGGCUACAAGUUGCAAGACAGUUACAAGGGAGGACUGGGGUACUCACCGUUUGUUGAGUCUGCCGGGGUGGCGUUUCUUACUUACCAGGACUCCUCUGGUGUGAAGCACGCCAUGUUUGUGGCGCUCCUGGCGUGCUGGCCUGUUGUUGUGUUACCUUUGAUGAUGGCUUACAUUGCAGGGGUUAUAGUAUGGUUACUGGAUGCAAAAUCUAACAAUCAACAUUUCCCUGCUUCUUUUGUCCAUGGGACCUGGGAAGGAGUGUGGUGGGCAUUUGUAUCCAUGACAACCGUUGGUUAUGGCGACCGCACACCAGUCAGCCAAUUGGGUCGCAUUUUCGCUGUGGGUUGGGUGUUGACAGGACUCGUCAUAAUCGCAAUAACCACGGCAGCGAUAACUACAGCGCUGACCAAAAUAACUGCACAUAGCAAAACCACAAUUUAUGGAUCCAAGGUUGGAGCAAUUCAAGGUUCUCCUGAAUACCAUCUUGGAAUCAGAAGAAAUGCGAUUUUAAACAAAGAGAAAAAAUAUCACUCGUUAGAGGAACUCUCCGAGGCUCUCAUCAGCAGAGAAGUGGAAGGCAUCUUAGUAGAUACAUACGCUGGUGGAAUGCGCGAGGAUCUUUUUUCUACGCCUUCAAUUCAAGUGACCCAGAUCGUUGAUUACCAAACAGCGUAUGGGGUGGUAAUAAGUGGAGAUUCGAUGCGCCUUCGACAGUGUUUCCAUGGUUACAUGCGCUCGCAUCAAGCGAAGAUCUUUCAAUUUGUUGAUCAACUUGUCGAACCCAUAAGGGGAUCGGGACUGAGUGACAGAGAUGCCGUUGAAGAAGUCUCGACUGGUUUGUUUGAUAAAGAAAGUGACCUUUACCAAAGCACACUUGUCAUUAUAGCCACAUGUGCAUUAACAGCUGCUGUCCUAGGACUGCUCUAUGAAGCAGUGCGGAGACUUCGAGAGCGAAAAAGAGUUCGAGCUUACAACUUGUCGCAGGCGAAGGAAAAAAUUACUGAUGAAAUGAAGUUACUUGUGAAAGAAUUCGUUCAACGUUUGGUGAAGACUCUGGCUCUGAUGAAAGAAAGACACAUGAGAGAGUUACAGACCUUUGAAAAGAUUACGCUAAAGAGAAAGACCGCGAAGUUGAAUCAUGAAAUGACAGGUUCAACUACGCUGAGGACUAAACACGUCGAUGAUAUCUCGACGGUUGAUUUAAACAACAUGAUGGGCAGUGCAUCUAGAUGUUAGCUUAUGAUAUUCAGAACCAGAGAGGAGAAAAGAUAAUAGAGGAUGCAUUAUUUUGGCGAACGAAAAUUUACUUGGAAUAUUUGCAAGUUGUUAAGAAAUGAUAGUCAAACAUUUUCUCCUUCUUACCCUCCCUUUCUGACUGCUGUGCAUGCUUUUCCCAUUUUUACCAUCUCAUUUGCAUCAUCAUUGCGCAUAGGCACCAAUCAAACCUUGAUUAUUCGGAACUCGAUUAUUCGGAUUUUUCGAUUAUCUGGACUUGCUUCUCUGGUCCCAUUAUCUAGGAAAGUUUAUGUUCAUAUUUUCCCUUGUCUGGACCAUUGAUUUGUUGGAAUAUUUGUUAAGGAAGGAUUUGUUCAAACAUCAUUCGUUUUUCCACCUUUCUGUGGUUUUGCCGCUGAGGAUCGUGGGCUUCAGUACUCGUCUUUUCCUGUAGCGGCCAUCUUGAUUUUAUUGUGUUUUGACCUCGAAAUAAAUUAUUUGGUUGACGACUUCUUGCUUAUUCAACUGUUCUGGUAUCGAGAAAACUAUCAAGCCCGGUCCCCACGAUUACGGAUAAUCGAGGUUCGACCGUAUCGACAUUCCUAACCUAGGAAUACGUAGGAAGUUUGUCACCGCGGACCUAGCUAAACAGCCUAGCUUGCAGCAAGUCUCUUAUAACUUAGUGGUAGAACGUCUGAAUUACUAACUGAAAGGUCCUGGCUAGCUUCGACUCCCAGUGUGAGUACUUCGAGUCUAGCUGUAUCUUUUACCGAAUGACGUACAUCUUACUUUAGGUUUGAUUACAGUAAAAACCCGGAUACAAGAACAUGUGGAUUAUAUAAGAACACCCAGGCUGAAAUUUGGUAAAAAAAAAGAGCAUAUAUAUAUGAACA